AUGCAAGGCAACCACGAACAACACCACCCGUCCGCGCCUGCCGCCUACGAUGAUGGCUCCAACCAGCCCGAUUCUCCUAUGAAGCAGGAUCGAGAGGAACUCGACCAUACUCAGCAAUCUUCUGCUUACCAGCCACACCCCUCCUACGGCUCCAACAUGAAUUUCAGCACUCCCGUUCGUUCCUCUCAUGCAGAGGCACAGGCUGCUCUUGAAGCUGUUGCGGCUGCUGCCAGCGCCGGCAAGAUCCAAAUGACACCUCCUCAUUCAUCUUCUUCCUCCAGCUCAGCAAACUUCAUGACCACUCCUGUCAGUGCCGCCGCUGCCGCCGCCGCUGCCGCUGCUGCUGCUGCUGCUGCUGCUGCUGCUUCUGCUGCAGAGGCUUCGGGUAAAAUUUCCCCCGGAGGCCCUGCCUCCCCCUUCGGUACCCAUCUGGGAAGGAACAAGGCAUGCCAGAGCUGUCGUGCUCGUAAACUCAAGUGUGACGGUCAGAAGCCCGUUUGCGGCCAGUGUGCCAAAGGCUGGCAGAUCAAGUUCCGCAUGGCUCAGAACAAGGCUAAGAACAAGAAAAAGGCACAGGACCCCACCGUCCGUGCUGAGCUUGAGAGCCUUCCUGAGACAAUGCCUCCAUGUGUCUACCUGCCUAUCACACAGCGAACAUCCAGCCGCUCAGCUCGUCCUUCGCUAUCUGGACAAGACCCAGACAGCUCUGUUGCACCCGAUACCCCUCAAGCCUCAACCAACGCUCCCCCUCCGCCAAUGGAUGGCUCACCCAUGCCUGCGGCUGCGAAGAAGCGCAAACGUGCUGAUGAUAGCAACAACGAACAAAUCAUUCAGAUGCAGCAAGAGAUCGAUCAGCUCAAGCAACGUCUUGCUCAAUUCAACGGAAUGUUCAACGGACCGACUCUCGAUCCACAGCAGCAGCAGCAAGGUGGCAACCGAUCUGGACGUCACCCGUCCAAAGACGAGCUCGCCAUCGCCCACAUGCUUGCUACCAGCAUGCCAUCUGGCGAAGGUCCCUCCAAUGGUCAAGGUCUGCCCAUGAGCUCCUUUGACUACCAGCAAGCUGUUGCUGCCGUUGCUGCCAACGGCGGCAACUUUGAUGUCUUGGAUCCUGCUCUUAGCGGCGCCGCCACGUCUCUGCCUUCCGCCUCAGUCUAUCCCCAAACUCAUGCUGCUGACGCUCGCACAGAUCCUCGUAGCGCAGCCUACAAGCAGGCCAAGGUCACCGCUGUUCAGGAUGAGAUGGACGAGGACCCUGCCAACCCUUUUCUCAAGCUCAUGGUCACGAGCUGGCCUGCGGACUUCCCGCCGCCUAACCUUGUCAACCAGCUGGUGUCCACCUACUUUGGGAAGACCACGGCCCAGUCGCUCUUUCUCCACCCUUCUCGCUUUAUGGAAAACUUGUCGCAAGGACCUCAGCAUCCUCGCUUCCCCAGUUUGGGUCUGCUCCACGGCAUCUUUGCCAUGGCUUACCCUCGCAUGCUGGGCUCUGAGAUCCACUCCGAUGCGCAUGGUCACAAUGUCUUCCAGGGCGCUGCCACUGGUGAAAAGCUUGCCAGUCUCAAAGCCGCCGCCGCUUUCCAUGCCAAGAAGGCCAAGUUAUUGUGCGAGCAGGCUACCCAGCAGGGCCGAUUCGAAGAGGCUGCUCAGAUCCAGACUCUUCUCGUUGCGUACUACUACAUCAACGACCGCUCUAUUGAGGCUUGGUUCGCCUCCGGCAAUACCUGCUCACUGCUCAAGGGUAUGGAGCUCAACCGACUGUCAUCCAUGUCCACCUACGCUUCCAACCACGACGGCUGUAAGCCUGCCGCUGGUAGAAAGCAGCCAAAACCCGCCGUCUACCGAUCCGUCGUGAAGCGGUCUGCAGCUACUCCUCUCGAACACGAGGAGCGUAUCCGUCUCUUCUGGAAUUGCUUCUACAGCGAUCGCGCUGCUUGCUCUUCCACUCAUUGGGCGCAGAGCAUCGACGAUCUCGACAUCAAGACCGAGCUUCCUGGUGCCUUUGAUGACUUUAUCAACAGCACUUCCGAGCUUGUCUACCGUCGCAGGCAGACCCUCGAAUCGCCCGAUCUUUUCACUGACGGUCACUACGACCCAGCGAUCCUCCAUCUCAAGGCGGCAAUUCUGCACUCCAAGUGCGUCAGCCACAUGUCUAGGCUGCCCAUCAAGGCGAGCGUGCAAGAUGUGCUCACGUCCGACUUUUACAAGCUCGAUGGGUGCAUUGUUGCUUUGCUGCAGAGCAUUCCUGACAAAUGGCGUGAUCUUCCCUCCUUCGAUCCCACACUUCGUCCUUCCUCGAGCAGCGAGGAGCCUCCAUUCCUCAAUGAUGGUGUCAACUACCGACCGCAGAAGCAGAUCAGUCUGAUGACCAACCAGCUUGUUCUUGCUCACGCGCUAAUCCACGGCAGCUGUAUCUCGUUGCAUGAGCCUGUUGCACACAGAAUGCCUGACUCGGCUCGAAAGGCUGCUCAGGCGGCACAGAGCAUCAUCCGGAUUCUCAAGACUUUCAUCUCUGCUCGUGUUGACUUGUUGCAGGUUGGAUCGCUGAUGACGCUCAUGAUUGUGCUUGCUGCAAGGGCUGUUACGAGGCAGUACAAGAAGAUGCGUCGGGAAGCGGCCCAGACCUAUCUUCGUCUGAGAAAGUCGCGCCCUGAUCUGGCUCAGAGGGUUGCAGAAGCUGGAUUCUCUGGCGUCUUCUCUACCGCCUCAUCAGCUUCCUCUUCCACCACCAACAAAGGUCCCAACUCCGGCGCGACGUACAAUGCGUUCGGUAUGGGACUGGACACUUCAGCCUCCGAUGCUAUCGAAGAAGAAGACGCAGCAGCCGCAGCAGCCGCAGCAGCUACAGAAACCACUUCCAUCUCCAACAUCGAAUUGAACAACCAGAUUUCCACCGCUGGAUUCAGCGAAUCGCUCGAAGACGAGCUCGAAUUUGCUCUGGACAUCGACGCCUCCCUUCGAGCUCAAAUCGACCCUGAUGGUCAGUUGUCACAGUUGAGAGACGAUCUCGAGUUGAUCUUCUGGAGUCUUAUCAAGUAUGGCCAGACGUAUCAGUUGGGUGUUGGACAAGCGAAGGUGGUGGCGCAACUGUUGGGUAAGGAUUAUUCGAGUGAGUUGGAGCAAGCGGGUUUGUUCAAGAGGUCGGGAGAGACUAGUGUGGUUGGAAGUGCAAGUGAUAUGGGUAGUUGGGGUGAGACGAAUAGUCCUGUUCAGUAUGCGGCUGCUGCUGCUGCUGCCGCUGCGGCGGCAAGCGGGGUUGGGGCGGCAGGAGGUGUGCAGGGGAUGGCACAACAGCCGCCUCAAGGUGGUGUGCAGCCACAAGGUAUGGGUGCGUACAACGGAGCUGAUGCAGGUGCAUACGGCGGGAGAGGGAUGAGCAAUAACGUUGAUGCUGGGGCAAAUGCUUCGCUCUUCCACUCUACUGAGGGUGGAUACAGGUUGGGAAACUUCUGCCUCGAUCAACCACAGGUCUCGGAUUACUAUCCUGCCGGAGCGCAACAGCAACACUAA